CUUGUGCUUUAAGUGAAAGUUUACAAAUCAAGUCAGUCUCUCAUACAAAAAUUUAUAUGCACCUUGCUAUACACUCCUAAUUGCUCUCCCCCUAAUGAGACAGCACGCUUCUCCCCUCCACUCCCUGUUUUCAUGUCCAUUCGACCAGCUUCUAACCCCCUCUGCUCUCUCAUCUCCCCUCCAGACUGGAGAUGCCAACAUAGUUUCGUGUGUCUACUUGAUCCAAGAAGCCCGUUCUUCACCAGUGUCAUUUUCUGUCCCAUAGUCAAGUCCAGUCCGUAUCUGAAGAGUUGGCUUUGGGCAUGGAUCCUGUCUUGGGCUAACAGAAGGUCUGGGGAUUAUGACCUCCGGGGUCCUUCUAGUCUCAGUCAGACCUUUAGGUCUGGUCUUUUUAGGAGAAUUUGGGGGUCUGCAUCCCACUGCUGUCCUCCUCCUUCAGGGGUUCUCUGUUGUGUUCCCUGUCAGGGCAGUCAUCGGUUGUAGCUGGGCACCAUCUAGUUCUUCGGGUCUCAGGCUGAUGUAGUCUCUGGUUUAUGUGGCCCUUUCUGUCUCUUGGGGUCAUAAUUACCUUGUGUCUUUGGUGUUCUUCAUUCUCCUUUGCUCUAGGUGGGUUGAGAUCAAUUGAUGCAUCCCAGAUGGCCGCUUGCUAGUGUUUAAGACUCCAGAAGCCACUCUCCAAAGUGGGAUGCAGAAUAUUUUCUUAAUAGAUUUUAUUAUGCCAAUUGACUUAGAUGUCCCCUGAAACCAUGGCCCCCACACCCCGCCCCUGCUAUACUGGCCUUCGAAGCAUUCAGUUUAUUCAGGGAACUUCUUUGCUUUUCAUUUAGUCCAGUUGUGCUGACCUCUCCUGUAUUGUGUGUUGUCUUUCUCUUCACCUAAAAUAAUUCUUAUCUACUAUCUAAUUAGUGUAUAAGUGCUCCAGUCUCUCCACAACCUCUCCAACAUUUAUUAUUUUGUGUUUUUUUGGAUUAAUGCCAGCCUUGUUGAAGUGAGAUGGAAUCUCAUUAUACUUUUGAUUUGCAUUUCUCUAAUGGCUAAUGAUUGUGAGCAUUUGCUCAUGUAUCUAUUAGCCACCUGAAUGUCUUCUUUAGUGAAGUGCCUGUUCAUAUUCUUUGCCCAUUUUUUAAUUGGGUUAUUUGUCUUUUUGUAGUUGAGUGUUUGCAGAAUCAUAUAGAUUUUAGAGAUCAGGUACUGAUUGGAAAUGUCAUAGCUAAAACUUUUUCCCAGUCUGUAAGUAGCCUUUUUACCCUUUUGGUGAAGUCUUUGGAUGAGCAUAGGUGUUUGAUUUUUGGGAGCUCCCAGUUAUCUGGCUUCUCUUCUGCAUUUUUAGUAAUGUUUUGUAUACUGUUUAUGCCAUGUAUUAGGGCUCCUAAUGUCCCUAUUUUUUCUUCCAAGAUCUUUAUUGUUUUAGAUUUUUUGUUUAGGUCUUUGAUCCAUUUUGAGUUAGUUUUUGUGCAUGGUGUGAGGUAUGGGUCUUGUUUUUUUUUUUUUGCAGAUGGAUGUCCAGUUAUGCCAGCACCAUUUGUUAAACAGACUAUCUUUUCCCCAUUUAAUGGACUUUGGGCCUUGUCAAAUAUCAGCUGUUCAUAUGUGGAUGGAUUUCUGUCUGGAUUCUCAGUUCUGUUCCAUUGGUCUAUGCAUCUGUUGUUGUACCAGUACCAGGCUGUUUUGACUACUGUGGUGGUAUAAUAGGUUCUAAAACCAGGUAGAGUGAGGCCUCCCACUUUGUUCUUUUUCAGUAAUGCUUUACUAAUCUGGUGUCUCAUGCCCUUCCAUAUGAAGUUGGUAAUUUGUUUCUCCAUCUCAUUAAAAAACAUCAUUGGAAUUUCAGUCGGAAUUGCAUUGUAUCUAUAGAUGGCUUUUGGUAGAAUAGACAUUUUUACAAUGUUAAGUCUUCCUAUCCAUGAGCAAGGUAUAUUUUUCCACUUAUGUAGGUCUCUCUUGUUUUCUUGCAGUAGUGUCUUGUAGUUUUCUUUGUAUAGGUCUUUUACAUCUCUGGUGAGAUUUAUUCCUAAGUAUUUUUAUCUUCUUGGAGGCUACUAUAAAUGUCAUUGACUUGGUGAUUUCCUUGUCGGUGUUCUUUUUGUUAGUGUAGAGGAAUCCAACUGAUUUUUGUACGUUUAUCUUGUAUCCUGAUGCUCUGCUUAACUCUUCUAUUUGUUCCAGCAGUUUUUGUGAGGAUUCUUUAGGGUUUUCUGUAUAUAAGGUCGUGUCAUCUGCAAAUAGAGAUACUUUUACUUCUUCCUUACCAAUCUGGAUGCCCUUUAUUGCUUUCUCUAGCCUAAUUGCCCUGGCUAGGACCUCCAGCACAAUGUUGAAUAUGAGUGGUGAUAAAGGGCAUCCUUGUCUGGUUCCCAAUCUCAAGGGAAAUGCUUUCAGACUCUCUCCAUUUAGGAUGAUGAUGGCUGUUUGCUUUGUACAGAUGCCCUUUAUUAUGUAAAGGAAUUUUCCUUCUAUUCCCAUUUUGCUGAGAGUUUUUAUCAUGAAUGGGUGUUGAACUUUGUCAAACGCCUUUUCUGCAUCAAUUGAUAAAAUAUUGUGAUUCUUGUCUUUUGUUUUAUUUAUAUGAUGGAUUACAUUAAUUGUUUUUCUAAUGUUGAACCAUCCAGCAGCUGAACUCUUAACCACUAUGCCGCCAGGGUUUCCAGGUUCCACAGAGAUCAUAAAAAGGCAUUCAUUAUUUCUGUGCAUACCUGUCUAUACUACAUCCUGUCAUAGGCACUAAUAUCAGUUGUUAGUCAGGUUGACAGCUUUUGAUUACUAAAAGAUUAAUUAUUUUAUAGGUGAGCUAGGCUCUCUGUUUUUCUGGUUCUCCUAUUCAUUUCGUACAGUUUGGGCAUUUUCAUUGUCAUUAACACUUAAUAUUCCUGAGAGUAUUAUUGUGGAUUUUCCUGUUUAUAUUAACCCUAUCCUUCAAUGCUUUGGAUAAUUUUAGUAUUCCUCAUGUAGUUUUUAAAUAUAAUUAACACCUUUAGCAUGUGUUCUAAUGAAUAUUUUAGCAGAGUGCAUGUCCAUUUUGGAUAGGUAGUGAGUGAUUCUUUUGUCGUAAUGAAGUUUUCUCAUGGUGUUUGAAUUUUCUGCAAUAAAUAGGGCUUUGCAUUCCGUUUAGAAUACGUUUAUGAAUGCUGUCACGUGUCAGACACUUGCUGGCUCUGGGAAUAGAGACAGUGAGAUAUGUGCUAAAGAACAACAACAGAAGUGGGCACAGGUGCUGAGGGACAUUUGUUGCUGUCAGUUGCCGUUGAGUCGAUUCUGACUCGUGGUGACCUCACAUGUGCAGAGUAGAACUGCCUCAUAGGGUUUUCAAGGCUGUGACCUUUCGGAAGCAGAUUGCCAGGCCUGUCUGGAAGCAGGUCACCUGGCCUGUCUCCUGAGGCCCCUCUGGGGAGGUUUGAACCACUAGCCUUUUGGCUGGUAGUCUAGCAUUUAACCGUUGGUCACACAGGGACUCCCCAGGGGAGGCAGAAGUGAGGAGUUUUAGCAUGUCCAGGGAGGGUGUAGAAUGGAAAUUCCAGAACACUUAAUUGUGCUCAUGAGGAACGUGUACAUAGAUCAAGAGGCAGUUGUUCCGAUGGAACAAGGGGAUACUGCAUGGUUUAAAGUCAGGAAAAGUGUGCAUCAGGGUUGUAUUCUUUCACCAUACCUUUUCAAUCUGUAUGCUGAGCAAAUAAUCUGAGAAGCUGGACUAUAUGAAGAAGAAUGGGGCAUCAGGAUUGGAGGAAGACUCAUUAAUAACCUGUGUUAUGCCGAUAACCCAGCUUUGCUUGCUGAAAGUGAAGAGGACUUGAAACACUUACUGAUGAAGAUCAAAGACCACAGCCUUUGGUAUGAAUUACACCUCAACAUAAAGAAAACAGAAAUCCUCACAACUGGACCCGUAAGCAACACGUGGUAAAUGGAGAAAAGAUUAAAGUUGUCAAGGAUUUCAUUUUCCUUGGAUCCACAAUCAACACCUGUGGAUCAGCAGUCAAGAGAUCAAAGGACGCAUUGCAUUGGGUAAAUCUGCUGCAAAAGACUUCUUUAAAGUGUUGAAAAAUAAAGAUCCCACCUUGAAGACUAAGGUGCACCUGACCCAAACCAUGCUAUUUUCAGUUGCAUCAUAUGCACGUGAAAGUUGGACAGUGAAUAAAAGUUGAUACCUUUGAAUUGUGGUGUUGGCGAAGAAUAUUGAACAUACCAUGGACUGCCAAAAGAACAAACAAAUCUGUCUUGGAAGAAGUACAACCAGAAUGCACCUUAGAAGCAAGGAUGGGGAGACUACAUCUUACAUACUUUGGACAUGUUGUCAGGAGGGAUCAGUCCCUGGAGAAGGACAUCAUGCUUGGUAAAGUAGAGGGUCAGCAGAAAAGAGGAAGACCCUUAAGGAGUUGGGUUGACACAGUGGCUGCAGCAAUGGGCUUAAGCAUAACAAUGAUUGUGGGCAUGGCCAGGACUGGGCAGUGUUUCGUUCUGUUGUACAUAGGGUGGUCAUGAGUUGAAAUCGACUCGAUGCCACCUAACAUCAACAACAAUGGAGGGUGUGAAGAGGGUGUGAGAGUGCCAGGAUGAGAGAAGACUUUCUGGAGAAGGCAGCUCCUAAACUGAGGUUUGAAGAAUGAGUAAAAGUCAGUUGAUAAUGUGGAUGGUUCUAGAUAGAAGUGAGGCGGGAGAGGAGCAGCCAAAUUAAGAAGCUAUUUGUGAAGUGCAAAAAUAUUCUUGUGAAAAUUUUUAACCAAAUUGGAUCAACGUCUAUAUCUAACUCCUAAUUUUCUAGAGGGAAUCCCUGGGUGGAUCAGUUAUUGUGCUUGGCUGCUAACCGAAGGGUUGGAGGUUUGAGUCCACCCAGAGGCACCUGGGGAGAAAGGCCUGGCAACCUACUUCUGGAAAAAAAAACAUCCACUGAAAAGUCCAUGAAGCACAGUUCUACUCCGACACACGUGGGGUUGCUCUGAGUUGGGGUCUACUCGACAGCACUAGUUAGUUUACUGGAAACGGAGGGGGUGGGUCAGCAUGUUAAAUGACACCAUGGGGUUACAGUUACCAAGCUCCAAAAUUUUGGGGAAACAACCUGGUUUCUUCAACAAGUAAGUUACAAGAAAAGCAAAGAGGGAAGUGGGAUCUAUAGAUUAAAAGAGACACAUCCGUGAAGAUGCAAUGUGUUGUCCCUUUUGGACUCUGAUGUUCUUAUAUCAACUCUAAAAAAAUUAUGAGAUGGCAAAAUUUGAACAACUGAUUGAAUAGUUGAUGAUAUUAAGGAAUUUGAAAAAUUUAGGUAUGAUAAGGGUAUUAUGAUUAUAUUAAAAAAUAGUUCUUGUCUUUUAGAUACACAGGAUUAAGAUGAAAUCAUGUGAUGCCUAGAAUUUGCUUCAGAAGCUUCCAUUGUUUGCCCUGUGUGUGUGUGUAGGGGGUGUGGCAGGAUAGAUGAAACAAUUUUGGUUGUAUGUUGAUAUAUUUUGAGGCUGUCUGAUAGGUAGAUAGCAGUUUAUUAUUACCAUUUUUUCUACUUUUGUGUAUGUAUUUCUAUAAUAAAUUUUUAAAUAUUAGGGCAAGAAAUAUUAAGGACCUGAAAUGACGUGAGUCAGCCUUUAGGUGGUAGUUAAAAUUGUAAGAGAGGGUGAGAUUACCCAGGGAGAAGGGCAAAGAAAAAGGGGCCACUUGGGAUUCUGAGAGGGAAAGGUCAGAUAGAGAGAUGGGAAAGUAGGGUUAGCAAAAAGAAGGAACUGGAACAUUUAAGAAGAAUAUGGAAACUAUAACAAAUCCAGGAGAAAGGUCAACUAGCAUAAAAACUUGUCUGAUUAUCUUGACCGUGAACUUUAAAGGCCUUUGGGGAGUCUGUUAGUAGGGAGUCGGGGUGGGGAAAAGCUGUGUUCAUAGCUUAAACGUUUUAAAACUGUUGAUACUCUGCAGCAUCGUGAAUCAGUAGAGGCCAUGGAUCAUAUUAAAUGUGUGUGGAUUAGCUAGAGAGUUAUGAUUAAAAGGAAAAGAGAAGCUCUUAUUUUACUAGAAAUAAGAGUUAUCCUUCAUUCCCUUGGUGGCGUUAACUUGAAAAUCGUGUUCACUAGUGCAGAGGCCUUGUUAAAGUUUACUUUUGUUCUAUUUCUAUGAAAUUUUGCUAAUUCACAUAAAAAAAAAUAGUGGAACUGAAGCUGUCAUAGGAGUUUAGACUUACAGAACCUGUGAAACUUGCCCUAAAGUCUGCUUUCACGAUGAGUCUGUCGCUGUGCUGAGAGUCUUAAGAGUAAAUGCAAACUCUUAGCCAUAGGUAGGCCAGAUCACGUUGUUUGUGGUUUCUUUCUUAAGCUCACUGUUUUAGACUUCUGUGUGAAAAACUGACUUCUUUUCUUCAGCUUUUUUUUACCCCAAAGUGUGCGUGAGAUACUGGGCAUGAAAUUGCUCUGAAAAAGUUAACAAAUCAAUUGAAAUGUGAUGUUACUGUUACCACCGGCAUGACUGUCAGUAUUUCUUGUGGGGCUGCAGUAUUGAUGGUGGUGGCAUUUCAAGCACUCUCCUACAACAGAGAAGGGUUUUAGCAAGGAGAGAAACAGCCCUCAGCCCUUCUUCAGGGCAGGGAUCUUCUAAUUUAUAUUUGUUUCCCUGUAAACACGGAACUGUGAGAACUUGUUUCCUUUGGAAAACCCUCACGCAGCAAAUUGUACACCCACGUAGGGACAAAGGAAUGAGUCAACCUUUUAGGGAUGCUGUCACCUUGGCUGCUAACCCCUGACCGGACUGUUCUGCAGGCCGAGAGUUGAAAUGUGCCUGUUUCUCAUGAGGCACUUUGGAGGCUCGUUUGCCACAGCGGCCAGUGUGAAUGCUGUUGGCCGCAGGCCUGUCUUCCCAGAGCGGCAUUUAGCCCCCACUGGCUGCCACUCCGCACUGCCUGUUGAGUCAUCCCCACAGUUCUAUAUAGAGCUUUUCUGGCUUUUCUUGUAGACAUAAUGUUCUUGGAGUGAGAAAGGAAGGAAGUUUUUCUCUCCUCCAAGGCUCCACAGAAUCUCCCCUACCCCAGAUCUGCAUUGUUUUUUCUAAUCACAGAAUAUUAGCUUCAAUCCUUUGAGGCCAUUUUCUCUUUUAAGGUCUCUUCGUGCUUCAUUUAUCAUGUGUUUGACUAUGUAAGCAUUAAGGCAUUCCCUGGGCUGUGUGCAGAUACAGGCUCCGACUUCACCAGAAAGAUUGAGGAAUUCUUGGUAAACAUGCCAUACAUGGAUCUCUUGUUUUCAGUCUUUUAAAAGUCAAACAUGCUGAAAGGUGUCUUCAUAUCAUUAUUAUGAAUGUCAGUUAUUAAAAAGUACUAUGAAGAGGAUAAAUGAGCUUUUCAUUUGGAUAAAUGAAAAUUUGCUGGAAUUAAAAAAAAUUUAAGUUUUCGUUUUUUGUAAUGGAAGGUAAAAUGCCACAUUCAUUGUUAUUUAGCAUAUCAUGCUGUGUGCAAAAAGGAUUGAAAAGUAGAAAAAUGAUUUAUGUUUUCUUUCUCAGGAAAAGAAAAUUCUUACGCAUUGGAACUAUCUUCAUGUCUGUUCCAUGCAUCUAGCAUGACCCUGAAGCGUUUUAGAGAAGUCAGAUAACAUCAGUAAGCUGUUUAUUCAUCGAUCAGAUGUCUCAUAUAGGCACAAGUAAGGGGUUCUUUUAGGAGACUGGCAGAUCUGAAAGAGAGAUUACAGCUCCAGAAUGUGUUCAGAUGACUUUUUGAAACAUAUUUUAAUUGAAGUGGGGGUGGAGAAAUAGUUGAGCUUUCCUUGGUAUCUAUAAAUAUCACAGAUGAAAACCCGUUGGCGCUCUUUUUCAGAACCCUUACUCAGCAUACACAUUUAUCUAUAUGUAUGUGUAUCUCCCCCACCCCCCCUUCCCAUUAAUGGCCAGUAAUUGAACAGUUGCUGUGAUAGGAUCGAGUUGUUUGGGGUGUGUUUAAUUUGUUGCUCUAAACUGCAUUAGCCGCAGACUCCCUUAUAAUAGGGUUCUGAACAAAACCUCAUUUUCUUUUUUUUUUUAAAAAGAGCGAGGAAAAAAAGCAGUUGAUCUGUUUUCCGAAAGUCUCUGUAUGUCUCUCCCUUCCCCCCGGAGACGAAUAGCAAGGGGAGGAGCUCAUUCACUGUUCUAACCACACUUCAUAUGUCUUAACUUGGGUGCUUUUUGGUUUCCUGUCAGCAGUCAGUCAACUCUGUACCAUCUCAACUUGCCUGAAGGGUGGAGAGAUUGGUAGCUGCUCCGAGUAGGGGAGUGAGUUCUCACAGACUGAUUGGCGCAUCAGGCAUGUGAGAUUGAAUUUAUGAAGGCUUUCAGUAACCUGUGAAGACCUUUUUUUUCCUGUGAAUUUGGAUUUCUUCAUCAUAUUUGUGAGCCGUUGUUUCUAAGAAUCUGUCAUGACUCUGCUGGAACCUGAGAUGUUAAUGAUGGCUGUACAGUCAGUGCUGCAGUUGAAGCUCCAGCAGCGCCGGACCCGGGAAGAGCUGGUGAGCCAAGGGAUCAUGCCGCCUUUGAAAAGUCCAGCUGCAUUUCAUGAGCAGAGAAGGAGCUUGGAGCGGGCCAGGACUGAGGACUAUCUGAAGCGGAAGAUUCGUUCCCGGCCAGAGAGAUCGGAGCUGGUCAGGAUGCACAUUUUGGAAGAGACCUCAGCCGAGCCUUCCCUCCAAGCCAAACAGCUAAAGCUGAAGCGAGCCAGGCUGGCUGAUGACCUCAACGAGAAGAUCGCCCAGAGGCCUGGUCCCAUGGAACUGGUAGAGAAGAACAUCCUGCCCGUGGAGUCCAGCCUGAAGGAAGCCAUCAUCGUGGGCCAGGUGAACUACCCGAAAGUAGCAGACAGCUCUUCCUUCGAUGAGGACAGCAGUGAUGCCUUAUCGCCCGAGCAACCUGCCAGCCACGAGUCCCAGGGCUCCGUGCCAUCACCCCUGGAAGCCCGAGUCAGUGAGCCACUGCCGAGUGCCACCUCUCUGUCCCCCACUCAGGUUGUGUCCCAACUGCCGACCGGCCCCGACCCUGGAGAAACCCUCUUCCUGGCAGAGCAGCCGCCUCCGCCGCCCCCUCCUCUGCUGCCUUCCAGCCUCACCAAUGGAACCACCGCCCCCGCUGCCAAGCCCACCCCGACCCUCAUCAAGCAAAGCCAACCCAAGUCUGCUAGCGAGAAGUCGCAGCGCAGCAAGAAGGCCAAGGAGCUGAAGCCAAAGGUGAAGAAGCUCAAGUAUCAUCAGUACAUCCCCCCGGACCAAAAGCAGGACAAGGGGCCGCCCCCCAUGGACUCCUCCUACGCCAGGAUCCUCCAGCAGCAGCAGCUCUUCCUGCAGCUUCAGAUCCUUAACCAGCAGCAGCAGCAGCAGCAGCACUACAACUACCAGGCCAUCCUGCCUGCCCCGCCCAAGCCGGCAGGGGAGACUCUGGGAAGCAGCGGGGCCCCCCCAGUGCGCAGCCUUUCCACGACCAGCAGCAGCCCCAGCUCAGGUGCCCCUGGGACCAGUGGGCUAGUGCGUCAGAACAGCAUUUCACUGCCGGGCAAGCUGGGGGCCCUGCCCACCAACCUGGAUGAGAUGAAGGUGGCAGAGCUGAAGCAGGAGCUCAAGUUGCGAUCAUUGCCUGUCUCAGGCACCAAGACUGACCUGAUUGAACGCCUGCGAGCCUACCAAGACCAAAUCAGCCCCACCCAGGGGGCCCCCAAGGCUCCUGCCGCUGCCUCCAUCCUGCCCAAGGCUGGUGAGGUGGUGGUAGCCUUCCCGGCGGCCCGGCUGAGCACAGGGCCAGCCCUGGUGGCAGCAGGCCUGGCUCCCACAGAGGUGGUGGUGGCCACGGUGACCAGCAAUGGAGUGGUGAAAUUCGGCAGCACAGGCUCCACACCUCCUGUGUCUCCCACCCCUUCAGAGCGCUCCCUGCUUAGCACGGGCGAUGAGAACUCCACACCCGGGGACACCUUUGGUGAGAUGGUGACAUCGCCCCUAACCCAGCUCACGCUGCAGGCCUCGCCGCUGCAAAUCCUCAUGAAGGAGGAGGGCCCGCGGGCUGGAGCCUGCUGCCUGAGCCCGGGGGCACGGGGCGAGGUGGAGGGGCGUGACAAGGACCAGAUGCUGCAGGAGAAGGACAAGCAGAUUGAGGAGCUGACGCGCAUGCUCCGGCAGAAGCAGCAGCUGGUGGAGCGGCUGAGGCUGCAGCUGGAGCAGGAGAAGCGGGCCCAGCAGCCCGCCCCCGCCCCGGCCCCCACCCCGGCCCCGGCUGCCCUUGGCACUGCUGCCACGGCUGUGAAGCAGGAGAGCAGCUUCACCAGCUGCCAGCUGAGCCGGCUGCCCCCAGGCCCGGCACACGCCUUCGCUCCCAGCCUGGCCACCUCCACUGCUGACCACGCAGACGCCGGCGCCCCAGCCCUUGCACCCCAGGCGGUGGUGGUGAAGCAGGAAGCCGGGCUGCCGGAGCCUGCGCCGGUGCCCACCCCUCAGCUGCUCCUGGGCCCCCGAGGCUCUGGCCUCAUCAAGGGGGUUACACCUCCCACCCUCAUCACCGACUCCACUGGGACCCACCUCGUGCUCACCGUGACCAAUCACAAUGCAGAUAGCCCUGGCCUGCCCAGUGGGAGCCCCCAGCAGCCCUUGUCCCAGCCUGGCUCUCCCGCCCCUGGCCCACCCGCCCAGAUGGACCUGGAACCCCCGUCGCAGCCCCUCUUUGGGCCCCCCACUUCUCUGCUGAAGAAGGAGCCGCCUGGCUAUGAGGAGGCCGUGAACCAGCAGCCCAAACAGCAGGAAAGUGGUUCCUCAAGCCAGCAGAUGGAUGACCUGUUCGACAUUCUUAUUCAGAGUGGAGAAAUCCCAGCAGACUUCAAGGAGCCAUCAUCCCUUCCAGGGAAGGAGAAGCCCUCUGCCCCGGCAGCCUGUGCCUCCCCGCUGGCCCCACAGCCCUCGCCCUGUGCCGAGCUCCCGCAGACGGCCCCCCCUCCGUCAGGCUCACCCGCCCUCCCCGGGCGCCUGGAGGACUUCCUGGAAAGCAGCACAGGGCUGCCCCUGCUGACAGGCGGGCACGAGGGUCCAGAGUCCCUCUCCCUCAUCGACGACCUCCACAGCCAAAUGCUGAGCAGCUCUGCCAUCCUGGACCACCCCCCCUCACCCAUGGACACCUCGGAAUUGCACUUUGUGCCUGAGCCCAGCAGCACCAUGGGCCUGGACCUGGCCGACGGGCACCUGGACAGCAUGGACUGGCUGGAGCUGUCGUCGGGCGGCCCCGUGCUGAGUCUGGCCCCCCUUGGCACUGCGGCCCCCAGCCUCUUCUCCACGGACUUCCUGGAUGGCCACGACCUGCAGCUCCACUGGGACUCCUGCUUAUAGCUUCUGCUUCCAGAGAUGGGGCCUGGGGUGGGGCCUGGGGUGUUCCAUGGCACGGCCCCCCCUUUGGCCUGAUUCCACCUCAGCGUGGUUGUCUUGACAAUCACGGUCCUUGCUUCCUCUUCCCUGGGAGGCCAGGCAAUGGGUCCCUGUGCCAGGCUCAGGCUCACGGGGUGGGGGGAGAAGCCUUCGGUGCAGCUCUGGCUCACCCUGGUGUCAGAGGCCAGGCCUGUGCAGGGCAUUUUAGCAUGACCUCCUUUUCUGAGGUGUCACUGUCUGGCUAAGACAGGAGAGGCCCAGGGCCAAGGUGGGUAGAAGGCUCAUCUGCCUUUUCUUCCCACCGAGGGAAGAAACCAACCUGGGCUUCUCCUUCCUGUCAGCCAACCACAGGGCUCCCAGGCUGCCACAAGGGGUCUCCCUGCUGUUUGAGUGUCUUGGACAAUGUGACCAUUUAGUGGUUAGUGGCAAAAAGUUUCUGUACAGGUGUAUAUACUUCUAUAUUAUAUAUCAACAUGCAUCUAUAUACCUUAUUUUUGGGAUGGGUGGGAGGUGGGUGCAGCUCCCUCCUGUCCUGCUCUGCACAUACAGAUGGGCCUGGGCACAGGGUCACCUCAAACUGUGACAUGGGGUCACCUCAAACUGUGACAUGUGAGCAUGGUCCUGCCCCAGCCUGGUGUGGAGCCACCCAGGCCCACCCAUCACGUGUGUGUUUGACAUGUAGACAUCCUGCCACACCUGCUCUAUCUGUCGUGGCUCCUUAUCAGUGCCACCAGGGCAGAGGUGCUUCCUGGCCCUGUUCCUGCCACAGUCUGCCACCUGCCCACAUCCCCUCCCGCUGCCCACUGCAGACACCAUCAGUCAGAGUCAGCCUCAGCCUGGGACAAGAGGGCACCGGCCCAGCUCUACCAGUGGGGCGUGAGGGGUGGGCGGGAAGCUCUAGCUGCCUCCUGUCCUGAUCAUCUGGCCUGUCACUCAGGGGGCGUAGGGCUGCAGCCACCAAACAAAUGCUGCAUUGGAGGGGGGACGCUGUGUGAACUCUUUAAAAUAAAAAGUACUGGCUGGCUUCA